UCAUUCACUUCUGCUCAGUGGUGCGACAAGGACUAGGGGCCUUAGGUGGGAAAGAGAGAGGAAAAAAGUUCACUUCACACCAUUGGGUGCCAAGAGAAGGGGAACACAACUACACUGGAGCUCUCACUGUGCGCUGAUUGUUGAUCAUGGGUGACUGGAGCUUCUUGGGAAACAUAUUAGAGGAAGUAAAUGAACACUCAACAGUGAUUGGGAGGGUGUGGCUCACAGUGCUCUUCAUCUUCCGGAUCCUCAUCCUGGGCACAGCCGCUGAGUUUGUGUGGGGCGACGAGCAGUCGGAUUACGUGUGCAACACCCAGCAGCCUGGUUGCGAGAACGUGUGCUACGACGAGGCUUUCCCCAUCUCGCACAUCCGUCUGUGGGUUCUCCAGAUCAUCUUUGUGUCUACACCCUCGCUGGUGUAUGUGGGCCACGCUGUGCACUAUGUCCACAUGGAGGAGAAGCGCAAGGAGCGCGAGGAGGCUGAGUUGAACCGCCAGCAGGAGCUGAGUGAGGAGAGGUUGCCGCUAGCGCCUGACCAGGGCAGUGUGCGCACCACCAAGGAGACCAGCACCAAGGGCAGCAAGAAGUUCAGGCUAGAGGGCACCCUGCUGAGGACCUACAUCUGCCACAUCAUCUUCAAGACGCUAUUCGAGGUGGGAUUCGUGGUGGGCCAGUACUUCCUGUACGGCUUCCGCAUCCUGCCGCUGUACCAGUGCAGCCGCUGGCCCUGCCCCAACACCGUGGACUGCUUCGUGUCGCGCCCCACCGAGAAGACUGUCUUCAUCAUCUUCAUGUUGGCCGUGGCAUGCGUCUCGCUCUUCCUCAACUUUGUGGAGAUCAGCCACCUGGGCCUGAAGAAGAUCCGCUUCGUGUUCCGCAAGCCGCUGCCCCAGACCCAGGGCGGUCAGGACGGCGAAGACCAGAGCCCCCCUGAGGAAAAGAGCCUGCACUCCAUGGCCGUGUCGUCCAUCCAGAAGGCCAAGGGCUACCGGCAGCUGGAGGAGGACAAGCCCGCAUCGCACUUCUUCCCCUUAACAGAGGUGGGCAUGGAGGCAGGCAGGCUGCCCGUACCUUACCAGGUGGAAAGUGAGAACAUCUCUAAAGUGUACGACGAGUCUUUGCCUUCCUACGUCCAGACCACUGGGGCGGAGGUGAGGGUCCUACCGGAAAGCGGCGAGGACGAGGGCCCCGCGGACCCCGACAUUGAGGCUACCGACACGAUAGCAGACACCAGACCACUCAGCAGUUUAAGCAAAGCCAGCAGCAGGGCAAGGUCUCUGGUGUGCAGAGAGGAGAGUAGAAAGAGGACACCGAAGCUGCAAAGAGAAGAUCAACUCCAUCUACUUGUGCAUGCCUGACCAUUACCAGCACAGCACCUCUAACCUGGAAACACUGUAGUCUGACUCUAGAUUUGAGCAAGUAGUUCACAACAAUUACUGAUGAAUCAUUCUCUUUAAACCUAAUUAAGUGAAUGAUACAUGUGUAAUACAUGAAUAAAGAGCAAAUAGGUAUUUAGUCUCUUCAAUCUUUAAAAAGACAGAGGAAGGAGUAAAAUGCUAAUUAGUCAAAUAUAUUUACUCUGAUUUAAGAAUACAUUUUUAAAAAAUGCAAAUUUAAGUAUUAAUUCGUAAAUGUGCAUGGUAAAAUCCACAUGUACUUUCCUGAUCACUUUAUAUACAGUCGUUUCUAAACUGGUUCGCUAUAAGCCUGUUAUUGGAAUGUUGUCUAAGGUCCACCUUAUGGCAACAUCUAAACCACUCACAGACUGUGCCAUAAACAACAUAACAACAUUAACGGCAAAAUAUUCCAUCAUCACUCCAUAAUCCAUCAUCACUCCAUAAUCAAAAGGGCAAGAGAUUCCAAAACUCUGUGGCCUGCAGUUAUGGCAAGGUGACUCUCACGAACACGUACAUGUUUGUUGUUCACACACUUAUUAAGAACGUCUCUGGUCAUCUCUAUUGCCUCUGUUCUGGCGGGUAAACAAAUGCUUUGUUUCUGAAUGAUCUCUGAGUGUUGGAGUAUGCCCCUGGCUAUCCGGUAAUCAGUGCCGAUUUUAGCAUCUAAAUCUUGGUGGGGUAAACUCUAUUACAAUUUUUAUGCAUACCAGCAAAGCCACUCCACAACAAUAAACAAUACAUUCAUUGCACUAUAACAGUGACAAAAAGUACCCACACACUGUUAGGGCCUACAUAAAGCUGUCCCAACAGCAGAAUCCCAACACCUUACCACUGCUACACUUGGCUAUCAGCGGAGCCUUGUCUGGCACCGAAACAGUUCAUUCAGCCUCAUUUACUGCCUUUAAAAAAUAUAUAGCUGAUAUGGCUGACUUGCUUAAACAAAUGUGGUUUCUACUGACAUUUGAGAUGUACAAACUAUGGCAUAAGGAGACAACGAGAGGAUAAGAGGCAAUCCAUAAUUUUGAUUACGACAUUAAUGACCGCGCUAGGACGUAGUCAAUAUCACUAUUUGUUCAGCACUUUUGAAAUGUACAGCGACAGAAUUCAGAACAUGGGACGUUGUUACAGUAUUCUCCCUGUACACCAAGUCAGAACCGUAGGAUAAAUAAAAGGGGCAUAUAAGCAGACAAUGAAAGCUCUUACAAUAUUCAAUGAUUACAUUUCUCUAAAACAGGCUAUAGGCUACAUGUGCACAGUGGUAUAAAUACUUUAAAGUACUACUUAAGUAUUUUUUGGGGUAUCUGUACUUUACUAUUUAUAUUUUUGUUUACUUUUACUUCACUACAUUCCUAAAAAAAAUUGUGUUCUUUUUUCUGCGUACAUUUUCCCUGACACACAAAAGUACCCGUUACAUAUUGACAGGAAAAUUGUCCAAUUCAAACACUUAUCAAGAGAACAUCCCGGUGAUCCCUACUGCCUCUGAUCUGCCCACUCACAAAACACAAAUGUUUUGUU